GGCUGCUUCUGGAACUCAAAAACCCAACCAUCCCAAGCCAGAAUCUGCAUGGAGUGGGAAUAGAACACGCUUGCUGUUGGGUUCCCUGGGUCUGUGAGAAGGAGGAGAGUUUGGCUGCCGCCAUCGACACAAUGAUGAAAAAUCUGGCUGCGAUGUCUGCUUUUCGCCAUUUGGGGGUGCUGUUUCUCUGUGUCGGAGUUCAAGCCUUCAGUUUUGACUUGAUGCGAGACUCUGCGGUGGGCUGGCAUGGAGAGCUCCCAUGUGGACAAUGGGCCUGUGACUGUAUCUUCAGGCGUCAGACGGGGUGCUGUUGUGUGGCUAACAGGUUCUACCAGAUAGAGGAAGAGACCUUCAAGAACCUGGUAGAGAUCUGGGACAGCAUCACCCAUCUGAGCAGCGAUAUCGGCACGGUCAUAGAUGGAAUGAGGGUAGCAUUUACGGCGACGAUGCGUCCCCCCCUCUACCCCGAACGCUGUUUUGGCCCCUUCACCCGCAACGUGCCCAUUCCCUACAGCAUCAUCGCCCUCAAUGAUGGCAACGCAUACAAUCCUUCGUUGGGCACUUUCACGGCGCAGCGUGCCGGCCUCUACUCCUUCGCCUUCACCACCUACUCCGACAUCGUGACUGCAGGGCUGAGACUCUACCACAUGGUGCAGCUGAUGAAGAACGGCGAGGCCGUGACCGGGGUGUGGGAAGACAACAGGGAGGAUGCAGAAGAUAGCGCCACCCAAACGAUCCUCCUGCAACUGCAGACCGGAGAUCAGGUCUAUGUCGAGCUCGUGUCCGGGAGGUACAUCUGCAACGACCACAACCAGCACAACACCUUCUCCGGGUACCUGCUGUACAUCUUCUAGGAGGACCUUGGACCCCCAAAAUUAAACCCCCCCCCCCCCCAGCCAAGCAGUCUGGCACCACUGAACACCAAGAUGCACAUACUGAUGCUGUAUGUUCCUGAAUCCAAGACAGAGAAUGAAACACUGAAGGACUGACGAUAUGUUAUGUCAUUCAAAGCAAAAAACAAAUGACUCAUUCAUAUUGUAGGAUAACUUAGGCUAGGAAGGUUUUCUUAACCGUUAACAAGAAUAUUAAAAUCACACAAAAUCACACAUCCCACCGCAGAUAUGAUUAUACAAUCAAUGAAAUACUCAUACUUACAGUAAAUGAUUCAUUUUCACUAAGACAGUUCUCAACCACGUCAGCCAUAACUUUUCUUAGUGCUACCACUCAGCAUACAGUUUCUGUAACUGACAAAAUUGUAAAAAUGUUCCUAAGAUAGAUGCGCUUGGAUUGAAUGAAGAAAAUUAGAGGGAUUGGAUAGCAGCAACCUGAUGAGUCAUACCAAACCUGAAUACUACAAUAAAGGUCAUUUUUGUUGCAAGCAUGAGUUGUUAAAUUGCUAAAAACAGACUUCAGAUGUUUGACAUCGUACGGUAGCACUUGGAAAUAAAUGACAUGUAUUGAA